AUGUAUAGAAAAUGUCAACUCGGGGUGACACGGGCCAACUGCAAGGAGAUGAGCUGGCUGCAGUACACGGCAUACAUAUACUUCCGCGACGACAUCUACAACAAGCCGCUGGAGGAGCUCCUCCUCAACCGGUCCAUGACCCUAGGCCCCUUCUUCAAGAACAAGUCGGACUACGUCAAGAAACCCCUGAGCAAGGAGACAUUGGAGAAGAUGUUCCUCUGGCCCGAGGGUGCCGCGACGGGGCAGCUCGUCCUUGAGCCGCACGGCGGAAGAAUGGGCCGCAUCGCGGCCGAUAACACCCCUUUCCCGUACCGGAGCAGCGUGCUCUACAACAUCCAGUACGUCGAGUUCUGGAACGGCGAAGGGACCGGAGGCAAGGUUACGCCCGACUGGGUCGGGAGCCUCUAUAACUUCAUGGCGCCGUUUGUGAGUAAGAACCCGAGGGGCGCGUACGUGAAUUACCGGGACCUUGACAUUGGUGUGAACAAGGUGGUCGACGGCGCGGCGAGCUAUGAAAGUGCCAAGGUGUGGGGCGAAAGUUAUUUCGGCCAGGAAAACUUUAGGAGACUAGCGAAGAUAAAGCGCAAGGUGGAGGCCGACGACUACUUCCGGAGCGAGCAGAGCAUCCCACCACUUCCCUUGAACCAGUAG